AUCUUUCCCAUAGUACAUCGGGAAACGUACAAGGUCAACUUCGUGGUGGUGAUAGUGUCAGCUGUUUCUCAGCUGAUCUAAUACUUAACCGCGGACAAUUUUUUAGCUUUAGGUGUUAAAAAAAGAAAUGGCUGAAGCUAUAGCGGAUACUAGGAGGUUGUUAACUAAACCACAAAAUUUUAACGACGCAUACGGGCCUCCUAGUAAUUUUUUGGAAAUUGACGUGUGUAACCCAGAAACGGUGGGGGUCGGAAGGACCAGAUACACUACAUAUGAGAUAAAGCUGAAGACAAAUUUACCCAUCUUUAAGUUGAAAGAUUCCUGUGUAAGAAGACGAUACAGUGAUUUUGAGUGGCUAAGAGCCGAGCUUGAAAGGGAAAGUAAGGUUGUAGUUCCUCCAUUGCCAGGAAAAGCUUUUCUUCGUCAGCUUCCCUUCAGAGGCGAUGAUGGAAUCUUCGAAGACGGUUUUAUUGAAGAAAGAAGGCAAGGGCUUGAACAGUUUAUAAACAAAGUAGCUGGUCAUCCCCUGGCACAGAAUGAAAGGUGUCUUCACAUGUUUCUACAGGAGGAAUCUGUAGACAGAAACUACACACCAUCCAAAGUAAAGCCUGCAUGACCAUAAAGGCAGUGAAUACAACAAUGCUAUUGUUUGCUUUUAUGUUCAGCAUCUAAUGAAAAUGUUUUAAUCAUAAGGUGCUGAAGAUUGACUGACCUGACUUGUGAAGGGCGCUGAGAACUAACUUUUACUGUUUUGUCUGCUUAAAUAUUUGGUUCUCCUGUAAUGGUUAACUUAGUUUAAAUACGUAGGGAAUACACUUACACACACUAAUGAUAAAAAUGAAAGUUCUCUAGACUUUGGGGAAAAACAUCUGAAACUUAACAGCACUGUGAAGGUAGCCUUUUACAAUCACUCAAUAGCACUGGUAAAUUUGACUGAAUUGACUUACAUUAAGCACUUUCCCACUAGAGUUGACUGGAAAAUGCAGUUGAAUUACUUACUUUGACAUUUUUGGUUUCAGGUAUAACUGCAGCACAGUAUUUACAUGUAUUUCAGUUGUUAAGAGCACCUGGAUAAUAUAGUUUUAGCAUCCUUGCAUCAUGCAGCUUUUUAUUGCUUAGUGCCAUUUAUGCAUGAAAUUGUAUGAUUUAAAAUAGGUAUUCAUUUCUCUGCGUACAAGACAAGUUGAGCAAAUGCUGCAAAAGAGUAAUUGUGUUUAAAAUAAGGGAAUUGUUUAUUUUCUGUAAAAACAAAUUUAUACACUAAUAUCAUUUUGUCAAAAUUUGAAGCUUUUGAAAUAAAAAUAAAAAAGAA